AUGGUACCACGGCACACCAGUUACCCUGUUACUCCACGCCCUCCCUCCACACUCACCAUGCCAGUUACUCUUACACAGUCAACAUUCCUCCACGUUACCCAACCUCCGCGUUACCCAACCUCCACGUUACCCAACCUCCAAGUUACCCAACCUCCACGUUACCCAACCUCCGCGUUACCCAACCUCCGCGUUACCCAACCUCCACGUUACCCAACCACCGCGUUACCCAACCUCCGCGUUACCCAACCUCCGCGUUACCCAACCUCCGCGUUACCCAACCUCCACGUUACCCAACCUCCGCGUUACCCAACCACCGCGUUACCCAACCUCCGCGUUACCCAACCUCCACGUUACCCAACCUCCGCGUUACCCAACCUCCACGUUACCCAACCUCCGCGUUACCCAACCACCGCGUUACCCAACCUCCGCGUUACCCAACCUCCGCGUUACCCAACCUCCGCGUUACCCAACCACCGCGUUACCCAACCACCGCGUUACCCAACCACCGCGUUACCCAACCUCCGCGUUACCCAACCACCGCGUUACCCAACCUCCGCGUUACCCAACCUCCACGUUACCCAACCUCCGCGUUACCCAACCUCCGCGUUACCCAACCUCCACGUUACCCAACCUCCGCGUUACCCAACCUCCGCGUUACCCAACCUCCACGUUACCCAACCUCCGCGUUACCCAACCUCCGCGUUACCCAACCUCCACGUUACCCAACCUCCGCGUUACCCAACCUCCACGUUACCCAACCUCCGCGUUACCCAACCUCCACGUUACCCAACCUCCGCGUUACCCAACCUCCGCGUUACCCAACCUCCGCGUUACCCAACCUCCGCGUUACCCAACCUCCGCGUUACCCAACCUCCGCGUUACCCAACCACCACGUUACCCAACCUCCGCGUUACCCAACCUCCGCGUUACCCAACCACCACGUUACCCAACCUCCGCGUUACCCAACCUCCGCGUUACCCAACCACCACGUUACCCAACCUCCGCGUUACCCAACCUCCGCGUUACCCAACCUCCGCGUUACCCAACCACCGCGUUACCCAACCUCCACGUUACCCAACCUCCACGUUACCCAACCUCCGCGUUACCCAACCUCCGCGUUACCCAACCUCCGCGUUACCCAACCUCCGCGUUACCCAACCUCCGCGUUACCCAACCUCCGCGUUACCCAACCUCCGCGUUACCCAACCUCCGCGUUACCCAACCUCCGCGUUACCCAACCUCCGCGUUACCCAACCUCCAUCCUCACAUCUCAAGAGGGGCGACUGCUCGCAGCAUCGCUACAAAAAUAUCUCCAGAAUGCACAGUGUAAAAUUUGCAUAUCUACCACACAACCCUAAACACUGGCGGGUGUUCAGCCUGUCGUCUUCCGGGACAAGUCUACCACGUAAGUGA